AUGGGGGUUUUCAAAGCAACAGGAUUCGAAAAAGAGUGCGACAAGGCAGCUCGGAUACUGCAUGACUUUCUUGGCUUCCGGGCCGCCAUGUACCUCGCCGGUUCUGGGGGCUCGGGCAUCGUUCUUGCGCGUCUUCCAGACGGGACCUGGUCGCCUCCGUCUGCCUUCUCGGUGCGGUCCGGCGGCGUCGGUCUCGCGUACGGCGUGGAUGUAUACGACUGCGUGUGUGUGCUGAACACACACGCCGCCGUCGACGCGUACACAAACCCGGAAAUGUCUUUUGGUGGCGUGGUGGCCCUCGCCGCUGGACCCAUUGGUGGCACAGCAGACAUGAAGGAAAUCAAGCCGGUCUGGACAUAUACGAAGUCACGGGGCCUCUACGGUGGCCUGACCCUGGACGGCACUGUGAUCAAGGAACGACCCGACGUCAAUGCCGACUUCUACGGAGCGAAACUCACCAGCGCACAAAUCUUGAAUGGCGAAAUUCCAGCUCAAGAUGGAGCAGGCAAGUGGCCAGCAGGCGGGAAGAAACUUACAGAGGUCCUCCAAAUGACCGAGCGUAAAGGCGCCGAUGCAAAAGUUCCCUAG